AUGUCCUGCUCAUUUGACUGGGUUUGCAAGGAUGUCGUCAAAAGGCUUAAAGGAAAAGAUCUGCGUCCUGUUAAAAGUCGGUCAGAUGCAAGGAAGUUCUGCAAUUUUGCGAUACUGCAGAAGACUCCUCAGUCCCUGUUUUGGAAAUCUGAAGAUACUCCAGUUGACUAUUCCCUCCUGCAGAUCUUAGAGCCAAAUCUUCCAGUCCCAGAGGCUGAAGUGUUAGAUACCAUUCCCCUUAAACACAUUGUAUACCAGAAAGUGACGGCUGGAGCUGGUGUCAACGCCAUUGUAGAAGGAAAAGUGAACACAGAGUAUAUUCAGUCCUAUGGAUAUGACAUCGAGCUUCAGUGUAUAGGCAUCCCAAAUUCAAAACUGGAAAUUCUUCAAAACAGGAAACUUCUGGAAAAGGAGCCAUCAUUUGUGAAAGAUUACCGGAUGGGAAGGUACAGCCUGUAUGUGGUGACAGAGGUGUUUGAAGUGACAAAGUGUGAAAUGAAGGAGAGCAUUAUAAGUGGCAGCAUAGCAGGAGGGGCAACCAUCCCCCAGACUGACAUGGGCCAAACCCAGGGAAACUGGGAAAGGAAGACAACGGAUUCAGUGCCUAUCCAAGAGGGUACAGUGGUGGCCUACAAGAAGAAACGACUGGUCAUUGAGAAUGACACUUGUGCCAUUCUUCUUUUUGACAAUGCUAAGAAGAAAAACUUUCUAGGAGUGCUACCUAGGAUGCUAAGAGGGUCUGCUCCCUCAGACAAGGAUGAGGUAUUCUAUUGUGCAAGCACUGUGAUAGACUGGGAUAUCAAUUACAUCUCUCCAAUUGGUGAGUGUGUGUUUGGUGGGGUUGUUGUGGAAGGAAAUCCAGGUGAUGCUCCUGUGGUCAACCCUAGCCCUGUCUCUGGUUCCUGCGGGAUGGGAAAGGUCAUGGAAGGAAGGAUAGAAGAACCUUACCAUCAAGAUUUCAAGCACCUACAAAAUGAGGUUUCCCAGAUAACACAGGAACUGGCCAUGCUUUCAAAGGAUGUUCAAGAAAUUGUGUUCUCUAACCUUCAGCGCAUGCUUAGUAACAGGAAGAAUCCGAAUGACCUGAUUAGCAUGCUGGAAAUGGAUCAGUUGGGGCAUAUGGAUGGCCCAGGUGGUGCGAUCCUAGAUCAGCUGCGACAGGACUCCAUACCCCCAUGGAUUGACUUCAGGAACCUCCUUCUUUAUCUCCUUCAAGCCCUAAUGGUGCUGAAUGAAACCCAACUCAGUCUGCUGGCCCAGUCUAUGGAGAAGAGGCUCCUCCUCCAUCAACGAGAGCUGGUAAAGAGCAUCCUGCAGCCGAACUUCAAGUAUCCCUGGAACAUCCCCUUUACUCUCCAGCCUCAGCUUCUUGCCCCACUCCAGGAUGAGGGCUUGACCAUUACUUAUAAAUUGCUGAAGGAGUGUGGCCUGGAAAUGGAGCUGAAUAAUCCCAGGUCAACGUGGGAUCUGGAAGCCAAGAUGCCCCUGUCUGCCCUUUAUGGGAGCCUGUCAUUUCUGCAGCAACUUGUAGAAGCCUAA